CUAGACCAAAACAUUAACUCCCGGGUCUUAUGAAUUUUUCUCUGCUGGUUUUUUCUUUACUCUCAUGGGUCUCCCAUCAAUUCCUAGAAUUUGCUGAACACUUCAACGCGUUUGAUGUAGAAAAAAAAGAAAAGAAAAAUAAAAAUAAUGUACAGUUGCCACCCAAAAGUUUCAGUACUCAGUCUUCCCUCUUGUCUAAGUUGUCUUCUUCGUUUACUUAGUCAUUUCCAUUUUCUUCCAGGGAAGAUUUCAAAUUCUUACCCACUGUCUCUGUGUAUUAGAGAGAGUGUGUGUGUGUGUGUGUUUUGGCUACUCAAUUUUGAUCUGAGGAAAAGUACAGCAUAGACUUGGGAUCAAUUUUGAUGGUUUUGCUUCAUAAGUUUAUAAAGUUACAGGCUUUGCUUUCUGGGUCAUUGAAAUAAUCAAGUUUUGAUUUUGAUUCAUUGGUUUUUUUUUUUUUUUUUUUUUUUUUUUGAUUAAAUUGAUUAUAUGCUUCAUGGGUUUUCCAUAUUAGUUCAUAUGCUUUGAGGUUUGUGGAAUUGGAACUAGCUGUUUUGUUUAAUUUGUAUCUAGAAUAGGAUCAAUUAAACAACAAUGGCUGGACUGCUGAAAAAGUUGUGGCCAGCAGCUGUGCCUGCAAUUCCUGAAAAUGGUGAUGAAGAAAUCUUCAAUACGGAGUAUUCUAUUGCUAUGGAGUACCAUGGGUCUCCUGUCACCUAUGCUAUCCCGCAAAUAAUACCAGUUAACAUUAGCCAAAUCCCAAUUGCAUCUCCAGUUUCUUCAGGCACUUUGUUGAAUAAUCUCUCACUACCAAUUAUCCAACCAAUUGUAAAGUCCAAAACUUUAAACCAGAAAUCGUCAAAGGUGUCAGUAGAUAGGAUAGAUAGCUCGGGUAAAUUAGCUUGUGAGAAUGUUUAUGAGUCUAAACCCAAGUUAUCACAUGGAAUUGGAAGUUCUGGUACAUUGGAAGUACCUGAUGGUGACAAGGAGGAUGGAGGUUUUCAAGAUUAUAUGAAUCCAACGAGUUGGGAAUCAACAGAAUCUGGUUUAAGCUCACGGGUGCCUUCCUCUGAGGUUUUUUCUUGCAGAGAGGAUGAUGGUAAUGAUGAAACUCCCCACCAUGUCAGAAAGCCAUCGGUGACUUUUUUUGAACCUGAAUCGAGUGAAGGGGUAGUAGUUCACGAAGGAAUUGAUGAGUCUGAGGAAGGAAGUGUUAGUAUGAGGCCUAAGAUUGAGAGAUUAAAGAAAGGGGUAUGCUAUCGAUGCCAUAAGAGAAAACGGUUCGCAGAGAAGGAGGUUUGCAUUGUUUGUGGAUCUAAGUUUUGUUAUGAUUGUGUGCUGAGAGCAAUGGGGUCAAUGCCAGAAGGAAGGAAAUGUGUUACUUGCAUUGGUUAUAGGAUUGAUGAGAAGAGGCGAGGGACGUUGGGCAAGGGUCCUAGGUUGCUUAAGCGGCUGCUCACUGAUUUGGAAGUUAAGAAUAUAAUGAAUUCUGAGAUGCUAUGUGAAGUGAAUCAGCUGCCACCAGAGCUUGUUUUUGUGAAUGAUGAGGCUCUUAGACAAGAUCAGCUCUUCAAAUUACAAAACUGCGAAUAUCCACCCAAAAAACUGAGACCAGGACACUAUUGGUAUGAUAAAGUAUCCGGUUUCUGGGGAAAGGAAGGACAAAAGCCUUCCCAGAUUAUUACCUGCCACCUGGAUGUUGGGGGCCACGUCAAGAGAAAUGCUAGCAACGGAAACACAAAUGUAUUGAUAAAUAACAGGGAGAUAACAAAAGAAGAGCUUUGGAUGCUAAAGUCGGCUGGGGUGCCGUGUGAAGGAAAGCCUCACUUUUGGGUGAGUAAAGACGGGACAUACCAGGAAGAGGGGCAGAACAAUGAAAAGGGUAAAAUAUGGGACAAGACUAGAACAAAGCUGGUUUGUGCAGUCUUGUCUCUGCCAGUUCCUCCUCGUUCUGAAAAUCCUUCUCGGAAAGAAGUGAAUGGAGAAAUCCGAGACAACCUUGCCCAGAAAUCUAUUCAUAAAUUUCUUUUAGUUGGUUAUGACAAAUCUGGCACAAGUACGAUAUAUAAACAGGCCAAGAUUCUGUAUGGUAUUCCUUUCUCUGAAGAUGAGCGCCAAGCUAUCAAGUUUUUAAUCCAAAGAAAUUUAUUCGGAUAUCUUGGUGUUCUUUUUGAGGGACGAGAACGAUUUGAAGAAGAAAGUUUGCUUGAGAAGCAGAAAAGAUGUGUUGUCGAUAAGUCUGGACCUUCAGGUGAUACAAUUCAGAUUGACAAUACAACAAUCUAUUCCGUUGGGGAAAGAGUGAGAGCUUUCUCAGAUUGGCUCCUCCAAGUUUUGCUGUCAGAUAAUUUGGAAGCUGUAUCUACUGGUGAAUAUACACCAUUUAUUGAGGAGAUGUGGAAGGACACAGCCAUUCAAGCAACAUACAACCGGAGGAAUGAAUUACAAAUGCUACCCAGAGUAGCUACUUAUUUCCUAGAUCGGGCUGUUGAGAUUUCUAGGACAGAUUAUGAACCCUCUGACAUGGACAUCUUGUAUGCUGACGGGAUUACCUCAUCCAAUAGCCUUACUUGCAUGGAAUUUUCAUUUCCCAAGUCAGCACAAGAUGAUUCACUGGAUCCUUUUUAUCAGCAUGAUAGUUCACUGAGGUACCAACUAAUUAGAGUGCAUCCAAGAAGCCUAGGAAAACACUGCAAGUGGUUGGACAUGUUUGAAGACACUGAUAUUGUCCUUUUUUGUGUUUCCAUGACUGACUAUGAUGAAUAUUCUGCCGACUGUAAUGGAGUUCUAACCAACAAAAUGUUGGCAAGCAAGGAUCUCUUUGAAAGCAUGGUCACUCAUCCAACAUUUGAGAACAAGAACUUCCUGUUGAUUCUCAACAAGUUUGACCUGCUUGAGGAAAAAAUUGAACAGGUCCCUCUCUCACAAUGUGAAUGGUUUCAUGACUUUAAGCCUAUUGUCAGCCAGAAUCGUCACAACAGCACUAAUCCCUCGUUGGCUCAACGUGCUUUCCACUAUAUUGGAAUGAAGUUCAAGACACUUUUCGAUUCUCUUACAGAUAAGAAGUUGUUUGUUUCGCUAGUAACGGGGUUGGAAAAUGACACGGUGGAUGAAGCUCUUAGGUAUGCAAGGGAGAUUAUCAUGUGGCAGCAGGAUGCAGAAGAGCCCUACUUGAAUAACGAGUUGUCUUCUACUGACAUUGAGGCAAGCUCCUCUGCAUGAUUUUUUGCUCGAAAAUUACUUGUUAGUCCUUAUUCUACUAGCAUUGUUUCACAAAAGUUUGUACAUACACACACGAAACAUGUAUAGAACAGAAUAAGAGUCUGUUUAGAUAUUUUUGAAGUACGAAAGUUAUAUUUUUUAGGACUUCGCAGAUUUAACAACAACAAAAAAAAGAGUAUUUGUUUU